AUGUUGCAUCAUCAGUGUCUGGAGGCUCAGAUCCUGGAGGAGCUUGCUCAGACAGCCCCCCCGCCCCCCAAGACUGCCACAUUGACUGAGGGAAAAGACAAGGCAUCACAGAUGGAGUUAAAGCAAAUGGACCCUCAGAUUCAAAUCAUCGACCGCAUUUGCCAAGCCAACUGCAAAUGGAAGCAUAAACAGCACAUUGAGAAUGGAGACUCUGCAUGGACCAGAGAGGGAGAGCUAUUACUCUACCAGAACCGACUAUAUGUACCAGACCAGGAUGAUCUGAGAGUCAGACUACUUGAUCAAAUCCAUCAGAAGAUUUCCACUGCGCACCCAGGGAAGAGCAAGACCCAACGGCUACUGAAAGAACGAGGAGAGCUGGAGUCGCGACAUGGAGCACUAUGUGGACAACUGCAUGACAUGCAAAAGGCUGAUUGGAAUACGAAACAUUUGAUGAAGUCCUUGGUUUGCAUUGCGACUGGAAAUGGGAAGUUCCUUUAA